AUGGCGACUUUCUUCCAGAGCUUCAGGAGCUCGACCAUGCCGAAGCGGCUGCUACGGUAUGCUCUGUCGAAGCUCGAGCUUCUGGAAGAGGAGACGCUCGACAUCGAGAACCUGGAGUUCGCCCUAGGCCGGAACACCGUCUUCGAGUUCAAAGAUGUCGGCAUGAGACUCAAGAAACUCGAAAGCCUGCUGAACCUCCCCCCCGCCUUCCGGCUCCAACGAGCCAAAGUCCUCAAGCUGACGGUGACCAUUCCUAUGGACUUCUAUACGAGCCCGAUAAACAUUGAGGUCGACGGUGUCGACAUCCGUCUCAGUGUUGUUGGAGGCGACGAAGAUAAGAAUAAAGAGAGGGCAGCCAGAAAGACGCGCGACGAGCCGGACGUUGUGCCAGAUACACUUGAUCUCGCAGCUUCGUUUCUCGAGACGCAACCACUGGCAGAGAAGAGGAAGCUCGAGGAAGCUCUGGCAUCCGAGUCCCAAGACUUGGGAGCAUCGGUUGCCACGGCGGAUAGCUUCGCAAGCGAGGAAGACGAGCCAGGCUUUGGCACCGGCCAAGCACUCUCGCUCCCGUUUUUCCUGGCAGAUUUCCUCCAAGGUAUCAUUGACCGCACUCAAAUCCGGAUUAGAGGCGUCAUCUUCCAGCUCGAUGUCGAAGUCCCUUCCGACGACAGCACAGCCGCUUCUGAUAUCGUGGCGUUCCAGAUCGCCCUCGACCAGAUCGAUGUCGAGGGAGUGACGGCGGAGUCUAGAAAUAACCAGGACGAUCCUCUGAUCCAGCCCAAGGAAGGGAAACGCCAUAUAGCCCUGUCUCGCAUACGCGCAUACCUCAUCUCGGAAGCCAAUGUGUUCUCGAGUUUCUCUCGGUCCCCAUCAAUGACAUCGCCUGCCAUUUCUCAAGCCCCAUCUUUCUCCGAGCGCGCCACGCCGUCACCACCCCCUACAUCGCUUCAGACGACCGAUCUGCGACAAAGCAGUCAUGUCGAUAACUUGGCUAGUCACCCUAGCAUGCAUCACAACGAUACGAUGGAAGACUCCGUUGAGCUGAACGAAAUUGACGAGGCUCUCUUACGUGACAGUGAGGAUGCGCUGCAAAUACCGUAUGACUUGGCAGAUGAGCCUGGACCAGAGGACGAGAAUACACACACACCACGAGCUUCGAUUUAUGAAGAUUUCCCCGGAUCACACGCCGACAGUUAUAGUGCAUCGAAGCCUAGCGACAACGCUCAUGGCUUGGCAUGGGGCGAGUGGUCGUCGGAGCCGCCGCCAGACUUGCUCGAGGAAGCGCUGUCAAGUCCACUCCAGGGCUCUUUUCAUGUUCCAACCGACGCGCAACAAAGAAGUGGCAGUCCAACAGGACCAGCUGCGACUGAGCCCUCGGAAGACGAUGACCUGGCUAGGUCACAGCUCUUCACUCACGAGGAAGCCGAGAGCAUGUACAUGAGUGCGUUUUCACAGGCCGAGUCGAAGCAAAUGCCGUCCCAGCAACUCCCAUCAUAUUUGCCUGCUGACGCGGGGUUGAGCCCAGCCUCAUCGCCAGAUCUGAGGAAAUAUGAGCCUGGCACCCGAGUUAUACCUGAAUUUGAUGCCGUCCAUCCGCCUGAUGAUACAUAUUGCAGCCCUGGGACGUCCGAGUUGCUUACUGAAGAUGAAGCACCAAUAUACGCACAGCUGGAGGAUGACAAAAAUUUCGAAACUACUAUAGAUGAAUCAGCCCCGGAUCCUGCCGCGUUUUUCAGCGAACCAUCAGGUCUGGUGCAGGAAGAUAUUCCAACUCCGCGCGGCCCAACAAGACUGGUCAAGGAGAUAGUGUCUCUUGCGCUUAUCUCAAUCUAUGUGCCCUCAAUGCACAAACAUAUACAUGUGCAGCCGGCCCCUCAACUCGAACGUACGGCGUCACCAAGGCUGGCACGAUCUUUUGCGCCGCAAGUGCCUGGGGCAUUCUCGGUAUACUCCACCUCUCCGAGCAUGGAGGCCAGUGAGGCACCGCAGACUCACACAUCCAAGCCGACUGAAUCACAUGCCGAUGAUUCUUUCGAGAUCAACCUAUCUCCGGUUGACGUGAGAUUUGACGCUUCACUGGCUUUCCUGCUGGCUACCGUCGUCGGCAAGUUGUUAGAAGCUGUCCGUGGAGGACCAGCUCUCAGUCGAGUUGACGAGCCGCAGAAGGGGCAAGAAAAAUCAACAAACAAGUCCACUGUGAAGCUCGCUGUCGAAAAAAUAUCUCUCGUGUUUCUUAACCAGUUGGGCGGGGUUGCGGACACUGCAGAACGAGUUCUUGGAUCUGGGGAUCUACAUCUGCAACCGGAGAUUCUUCUUCAAAGCGUCUUGGAAAGACUCUCCAUCUCUAUCGAAAACUCUGGUUUAAAAACGGAAACGAGUAUAGAUCUCGAGAAAUUCCGGCUGGGCUAUGCUACCGACGACAUUCUAUCGUUUGAUCAGAGCCUGCAGAUGCGUACAUCUGUCAUGGAUAAAUUUCCUUCUCCUGGGGCGGAUGUCUCCCUGAAGCUCAUCCAGACGCUUGACUCAAUACGAACUGAAAUCACUACCCUUCCUCUGCUUGUACAGCUCGACUUGCGGAGGCUGGAUGAAACUUUCAGCUGGUUCGGAGGACUAAGCAGUUUCCUGCACAUGAGCUCUUCCAUGACAGCAAGUUCUUCGCCAUCCAGCAAAAGUCAGAUCCAGUCGCCAUCGAAGCCCAGAGGCGUUCGUUUCGACACCCCUAUCAAUCCGGAUGACAAGUCUGCUUCCUCUCUGAACAAGGUUGACAUGAGGAUUGGCGGCUUCAAUCUUGAGCUCCGCGGCAAGGAAUGCAGCGUUGGCCUUGAGACGAGCGCGAUCAAGAUGGUCAGUAGGGCGUCUGGCAUGGGUUUCGCCAUCAGCAAAGCACGCCUCGCCGGCCCGUAUCUGAAAAAUGGUCGGCGUGAUCCUCCGAUCAUGGUGACACUGGGAAGUCUUCGCUUCGACUACCAAAACUCGCCCACUGCCCAGGAUCUGGAGCGGCUGCUUGAGCUCAUCAUACCGUCAAAGGCCAAGUUCGACCAAGGAGAUAAUGAGAUCAUGGUCGAUACCCUGCUGAGACAGAGGCGGAAAGGCGCUGUUCUACGAAUCAACUUGGAGCAAUUUGACAUUAAAGUCAGCCAUCUGUCGCACCUUCAGUGCCUGCCUGGCUUGGGCGAGGAACUUGCACGCCUGGCAAUCGUUGCAAAAUACCUACCAGAAGAUGACAGGCCUGGUCUAUUGACCUUGGGAAAGAUUAUGGACGCCCGUGCGAGUCUCGACCUUGGUGUGUCGGUCAGGAGAAAUGACAGCGAGGAUCUCGUCAGCUCACCUAGUGCUGCUCAGCUAACAAGCCCUGUGCUUAUGGUGCGCAUGGUUGGCGAUGAAAUUGAACCGGUCAUCAAGGUUCAAAUGCGCGCUAUCACCAUCGACUAUCGGGUGCCAACCAUCAUGGAUGUCCUCGGUCUGGGUGCCGAUGCUACUCCCCAAGACUUUGAGGCCAGUCUGGCAGCGUCUGUAGCCAACUUGGGUGAUCAAGCACAUCACGCUUUAACGAAAGACACCAAGCCGACAGUAUCGCGUCGAUCGGGCGACCUAAGCAAGUCCAACAGUAAACCCAUGAAGGUGGACAUUCUGUCCAAGGAUUGUUUAAUUGGACUGAACCCCUUGAAACAGCCCUCAAAGCUUUUCAUUGUCCUGACAGAUGCUCACCUGGAAGUCAUUCUUCCCAAAGACGUCAACACCCAAGCAACGCUCCAUCUCAACAAAGCAUCGCUUCUCCUCACCGACGAUGUUGCGAAGGCGGCCACCGUGGACGAGCGGAACACUGAACGCCAGCGUGGAGGCGAUGCUGCUUCGCAACAAGUCGCGGAUCUGGCGGCGAGGGGCUAUGUAAACAUCUGUUUCAUCUCAGCGGCAAAGGUGCUUGUGAGAGUCACCGCGAACCCGGUUGAUGGGGAAAAACGCAUGGAUGUAGAGAUGCGCGAUGAUUUACUCGUUCUUGAGACAUGCGCUGACUCGACACAAACACUUAUAUCUCUUGUGAACGCGCUUACACCCCCGACGCCCCCAACGAAAGAGAACAAGUAUCGGACCAAGGUUGUUCCAGUACAGAACCUGCUGGCAUCUAUUGCACCCGAGGCAUUUGGCAGGGCCGAGGGCGCCUAUGACUUUGACGAAGACUUUCCAAUGGCACAGGGCCUCGGGAGUGAUGAUGAGUACGACGUGACGAUUGAGUCAGGUUCGUUGCCAGCUGCUUCGGGCUUAUAUCAAGACGAACAUGUCAUGGAAGAAGUCUUCGACGCCGGAGGGUCAGCCAUCUCAAUCAAUUCUGCCGCCCACGCGAGCCGUACAUCUGAUUCGAACUUCAACAUCAGUUCGUCGGAUGUCUCUGACGGAAGUGGUGAUCUGGAUAUUGACGAGAACUACUUUACUCAUCGACAAGAUCUCGACAGCAAAGCCCGGAUCUGGAACUCGAAGCAGAACAGCUACGACCAGGCACCAGCUGAUCUCGUGAGGCGAAGUCCACUGCGAGUCACAGUUCGCGACGUCCACGUUAUCUGGCACCUUUUCGACGGCUAUGACUGGGCUCGAACGCGAGAUGAGAUAACAAGAACAGUGGAAGAAGUCCAGACGAAGGCACUAGAGCGGCGCAAGGCAGGCCCUACGACCUAUGAAGAUGAAGAAGACGAUGACACAGCUGUCAUUGGAGAUUAUCUCUUCAACUCCAUCUACAUUGGCAUCCCAGCCCAGUAUGAUCCUAGAGAUCUGGCGCAGAUGGUGAACGCAGAUCUGAACGACAAUGCCACUUAUACCGAGACAGAGUCCGUGGCAACCACUGCAUUUACUGCUACAGGCACUCGAGCUGGAGGGGCACCAAGGUUCAAAAAGAGAUUACGACUGGGCCGCAGCAAGCACCACAAAAUCUCGUUCGAACUUCAGGGCGUGAACCUUGACCUCAUCGUAUUUCCUCCCGACUCUGGAGAGACACAAAGCUCGAUUGACGUCCGAGUUCAGACUCUGGAAGUUUACGACAUGGUUCCCACAUCGACUUGGAAGAAGUUUGCGACGUAUGACCAAGAUGCGGGCGAGAGGGAAAUGAAUACAAGUAUGGUUCGCCUCGAGCUCUUGAACGUCAAGCCGCAUCGAGACCUAGCUGCGUCUGAGAUGGUCCUCCGCGUCACCCUUCUGCCACUCCGCCUUCACGUUGACCAGGAUGCUCUUGACUUCAUUACGCGAUUCUUCGAAUUCAAAGACGACAAGAUACCUGUGCACAGCUCCCCUAGCGACGUCCCCUUCCUACAAAGGGUUGAGAUUAUGGACAUCCCUGUCCAACUGGAUUUCAAGCCAAAACGAGUCGAUUACGGUGGACUCAAGUCGGGCCGGACUACAGAAUUCAUGAACUUUGUCAUUCUGGACCAGGCGCACAUGACUCUACGCCAUGCCAUCAUCUAUGGUGUGCAAGGAUUCGAUCGAAUGGGCAAGACUCUUAACGAUAUCUGGAUGCCUGAUGUCAAGAGAAAUCAACUGCCCGGCGUCCUCGCUGGUUUGGCACCUGUGCGCAGUCUAGUCAAUAUCGGCAGCGGCUUCAAAAACUUGGUUGAGAUUCCUAUCAAGGAAUACCAGAAGGACGGCCGAAUCUUCCGGAGCCUCCAGAUGGGCGCGACAGCUUUUGCACGCACCACCGGGACGGAGAUGGUCAAGCUCGGCGCGAAGCUGGCGAUCGGAACACAGACCGCUCUUCAAGGCGCCGAGGGACUGCUUACCACCAGGCCGCCGACUGCCGAGACAACAAACUGGGAUGGUGACGACCCAGCUGAUGCGGACGAUCAUCAGAAGCAGAUCAGUCUAUACGCAGACCAGCCUACCGGUGUGAUCCAAGGAUUGCGCGGCGGUUACCAGAGCUUGAUGCGCGAUCUGCACUCGACCCGCGAUGCUAUCAUUGCGGUGCCGGGUGAGGUCAUGGACAGCCAGAGUGCACAGGGGCUGGCUCGCGUGCUGUACAAACGAGCGCCCACAAUUGUGUUCAGGCCGGCCAUCGGCGCGAGUAAGGCGAUCGGCAAGACACUGAUAGGGGCAACAAACUCGCUUGAUCCGCAGAACCGACGACGCGCUGAAGAGAAAUACAAGAGGCAUUAA